UUUUAUAUACUCUCGCUCUCUCCCUUGCCUUCUUCUUCUCACUCCUCCGUGUUGUCUAUACCUGUGUACACACAACAUGGAACCCAUUUUUAGAUUAGGAUUUUACAAAGUUCAUAUAGUGUCUAUUUCAAUUCUAAAUUAGUAACCUACUUGAAGAGAAACAUUAGGUUGGUUUGGGUAUUCUAGAUGCUUGUCCAGAACGGGUCUUUUCUUCUGAUAGUCUUUUAUGGAUGAAUUAUCAUCAUACGACGGAUAAGUUCUGAUACUAGUAUUAGAAUUACAGGACAGGAGGUAAUUAUUGUUUCUGUAGAGUUGGAAUAUUAAACACAGUGUCAUACUCGAACCCAGAUAAAAGUACAGUGGAGUUGGUCAUUGUUGAUGCAGUGGAUUAGAGGUGGGUUUUUUUAUACCUUACGUUUAUAUCCAACUGAAUUUGUGGAACACCAGCUGUUUUGAUACUAACGAAGAAGACGAGAGUGAGACAUGGCGCCGCAUUGUUAGAUACAGUUCAUCUGUUACGAAGAAUUAACACUGUAUUAUAUAGCUGACGAAUUAUCAUCUUGUGAAGUAUACUAUUAUGAGUCAAUAAAUUUCACUGUGAUUAACACGGGGUUGAACAUCCGGUCAUAUUUCUUUCUUUAGCUGUGGACUAGAGGUGUCCAUAAAUCUGCCAAUCAAGUCAGAAAUUGUCAAUGGAUUUUUGGAUAUUGAUACGUGGGCUGAUGACGUCAACGUGCCCACCAUUUGAGCUUCUUACAACUUCCGUUAAUAGUAGAUAAGUGUUGUUUCCAAAUUAUUUCACACGAAGUGUACGCUGCACUUGCUUCAUUCAAAACAGUUCUUACAUUUGUGCAGUUAUGGGUUGCUGUUAAAUUCACAAGUGUUUGAUAAGCGGCGCCUCACUUGAAGUUCAAAGAAACCUAUAGCUGUUGAGUAAAAUGAUUGUUCCGACACAUAUCUGGAGCCUGGCUUUAUCCGUCCUCAAUCUGGUCUCACAUGUUGCUCUGUCUGACUACUCCUUCAAGUCCCGAUUAUCAGAUUACCGUGACCACGCAUGCGCCCGUGAAUGCGAGGAGGACGGCGCCCCUUUGGUUUGUGAGUACGACUUCAACAUUGAAUACUACUACACCCUGACGCAGGCCUGUUAUGGCUGUCCCUACAACACCACUGACUGCUUCCGGCCACACUGCGUGGCAACGGACGGCGUGUCUCGCGGAGUAAUGACAGUGAACCGGAUGCUGCCCGGACCUGCUAUACGGGUAUGUGAGGGGGACACCAUCGUAGUGAAUGUAAAGAACAUGUUAGAAGGCGGGGAGGGUACUGCGAUUCACUGGCAUGGCAUCCUACAAAGCAAGACCCCGUAUAUGGACGGUGUGGCCAUGUUGACCCAGUGUCCCAUCAGCCAACAUUCCAAGUUUCAGUACAGAUUCAUUGCUGAAACACCUGGGACCCAUUUCUGGCACGCACAUGCAGGUUUACAAAGAGCGGACGGUGUUUUUGGAUCCCUUGUAAUUCGGCAACCAAAGUCACGUGAUUAUCAUUCUGCACUGUACGACUACGAUUUGCCAGAACACUCUAUUUUACUCAACGACUGGAUAGGCGAAAUGGGGGCUCCUCGAUUUGCCGGCCACCAUCACGCCAUGACAGAACACUUACCGGAUUCUAUUCUAAUAAAUGGACGAGCAACUCUCAGAACAUUCCCUCCUCAAUCGAGUGAGGGAGCACAUAAUGGUCAUGGAGGUCACAUGAUGCCGAUGGAAUCCAAUGGACAUCAAAUGACUGGUCACAUGAUGCAUGGUUCUAACGGAAAUCAACAUGCUACCCACAUGAUGCAUGGUUCUAACGGAAAUCAACAUGCUAGCCACAUGAUGCCUGACACGAAUGGUCACCAGAUGACGCAAGAAGGGCAUGGUAAUGGACAUACGCCUAAUACUGACAAUGAGAAUUCCAUGGAUUCCCUUCCUACCACCAACCCAGCAAUGCAAAACAUGCACAGCAUGCAUAGCAUGCAUACGAUGGAAAUGCAAAAUGCACAUGUUGACCACGGCAUGGGUAUGGACGCCAUGCCAAUGAGCACUGUGGACCACAAUAUGCACAACAUGAACUCCAUGGGUAUGACCAAUGGAGAAAGCAAUAUGAACAUGAACAAUGGAGACAGUGAAAUGCCGAGUGGUAUGGAGUCUCUUACAACGCUUUCGAACUCGGAUCUUGAAAUGCUUGUGAACUCAGAACAUCAGAUGCACCAAAUGCAUCAAAUGGCGAUGCGCAGACGUAGAAGUGCCAAUGAAAACACAGUUACUGUUCCAACAACAAGUGAUGAUAGUGAUAAACCCCAGUCACCGAUGCCUGUUCAGACGCCACGUGCCAUUUUCACCGUCAAGCAAGGUCAGCGCUACAGAUUUAGAGUGGCUAGCAAUGGUGUCAACAAUUGUCCUAUCGAGUUUUCCAUAGAUAACCACACACUGACUGUCAUAAGCUCCGAUGGCACGCCUUUUAAACCAGUCCAUGUUCAAUCUUUCAACAUUUUCGCCGGGGAAAGAUACGACUUCAUAUUAAAUGCUGACAAAGAGGCUGGGAAUUUUUGGAUUAGAACUCGCGGUUUAGCUGAUUGUGGUCCUGAGUAUAACUCUGUUAGACAGACGGCUAUCCUUAGGUAUGAGGGCGUUAUGCCUAUGUUUCCAAAGGAGUCUACUGAUUAUGAGGCAGGGGAAAGACCAGGAAUGAAAUUGAAUCCGUUCAAUAAGAAUUCAGAUUUGAACACAAUGAACGUGGAUCGACUGGAGUCCCUAAUUCCCGAUGACAUUUCACUCAAAGUGAAACCAGACAGGGUGUUCUACCUCGGCAUGGAUUUCAAUUUCAUAGAAAAUUAUCGGUUUAACGAUCCUGACUUUUAUCCAUUGCAACACAUGAUGAACAAAGGAGGUCACGCCCAUCACAUGUUUUCUCCUCAGAUCAACAAAAUCUCCUACUCGGCCCCACCUUCGCCUCCACUCACACAAUACACUAAGGAUAUGGAGGACAGUUUUUGUGAUGAAGACUCAUUCAAAGAGAAAAACUGUAAGAAGGAAUUUUGUGAAUGCACUCACAGAAUUAAAAUCAAGCUUGGAGAGGUUGUAGAAAUGGUGCUGGUGGACGAGGGUAAACAUAUGGACAACAAUCAUCCCAUGCACAUGCACGGAUACAACUUCCGGGUCGUUGCUAUGGAAAAGUUGGGGAACAGCACUUCGGUCGAACAUGUUCGUUUGUUGGAUGAUAUGGGAUUGAUCAACAGAAAGCUUCAUAGAGCCAUUUCAAAGGACACAGUUACCGUUCCUGAUGGAGGUUAUACAAUUAUCAGAUUCCACGCCACCAACCCAGGAUUCUGGUUGUUUCACUGUCACAUCGCCUUCCACAUGGAAAUGGGAAUGAGCAUGGUUCUCCAGGUAGGCGAGCCGGAGCAGAUGCCAAAACCUCCGCCUAAUUUUCCACGAUGUGGCGACUGGACUCCUAAAGAACAGGCCCAAACACCGGAGGACAUAUGUCCCACGCCACCUCCAUCUGCUAACAUGGCUGUAGCUCCGCCCACCUCAGCGGCACCGCCCACCACUACUCUCAGUUCGCCCCGCCCCACGGAAGCUGCCCCUUCUACAGUCCCGCCUUUGCAUCAGAUCUACUUGGGAGGAAUACAACAGACAACUGAUGUAAAUUUAAAGGACGUCACACUUCACUACGCACUGCUCGUUUGGAUGACUGGUAAGAAGAACCCUAUGAAGUCUCCCAAAACUUCCCCAUUGUUUGGAGAUCAUGGCCGCCAUAAAAAUAUGACGGGAGUGAAAUCAAAACACCACAGAAAAAAUAAAAACCUCUCUGGAGGUCACCAAAAACCCUACCAGUCUUCCAAGUCAACACCAAACAACCUACCGCUAAUGAGUAUUAAAUCCGCCAAGGUGCCAAGUUCCUCCAAGAGCAGUAUGAUUGAGUUGACGAACCUGCCAAAAAUGAUAGUUCCAGCUCACUAUAUCAAGAAAAUCAUCUCAGAUCAGCCUUUAUCAAAGUCUAUCAAACAAGGAUCUCGGCGUCAGAGGGGACCAGGAAGUCGGGAACGUACUGGAAGGUUGUCCACGUCUAUAGGGAGUGUAGGCAGGCGAAACAUCACUGUCAACGCCAUUAACAAUCAUAAACAGACGACAUUCCGUGAACGACCACGAGCGUUCCCCAGUAGUGUAAGAAAUGCACCGACAGUUCUUAACACAGUGUCUUCUCCUAAAUUAGACAGGUAUACAAAUGAUCUACAGAAGACAAUGCCGAUGAGAAAGAGGAAUCAUAUCGAUCGUUACGGAAAGUUAAGAAAUAUGUCGGCUUCACGGCAUAGAACUAGUCACAGUUUAUCUCGAGUAAAGCGAGAUUUGGUUAGGAGACUUCAGUCAAAGUCAUCGGCGCCAUCAUGAUGAAGCUAUGUAUUGAACGCCACGGUACAGAAAUCCAAUCCCGCUACUCAAAACGAGAUACGAGACAAUCGACACAAAACACUGGGGUUUAAAGUUCGAAAAGUCAAAUUGUUGUCGAUCGACCCGGUGGACGUGAGCGACUCAGUUCAGAUUGUCGAUAGCUGAUGUAAAGUGCUAUGAGCAUGGCAUUUAUGACGUCACAAACAAUGAGUAAGCUUGUGCCAAAGACUGAAUCGGAUUUGAUAAAUGUUGAUAGCUGGAAGAAAGUUUUCGAUUCACUUGAUAUUGUCACUUGUUUUUGGUUGUUAUUUUGGCGAAUAUAUUAUUUCAUGCAUUCAUCAUGUAAUGUUGUUUAUUGGAUAUCUAUUCAAUGUUUUGCUUGACGAUCAAAUUCUCAACAUUGCGUUAUUGUCUUUCUAUAAACACAUACUUACAUCAUAACAGUUUGUCUGUUUGUUUUUAAUAUUUCCUUUUCUUUUUGCGAAAUUAGUUAGUAGAAAAUUAACUUGUCAUGUGAAAAAAUAUACAUGUACUUAAUGCUCUUUUUCUUUUCUUUUUUAUCAAAACAAGAUUUUGAUUUCCAGAAUAAGAUUGUGGUUUUUUGCAGUUUUCUUUUUUGCAUUGUACAAUAGAAUAAAUAACAUGGUAUCUGGAUAUGGAAUGAUUUAUAUUCCUUUAUCUGUUUUUUGUUUUGUUUAUUUUGGUGAUAUUAUAUAUGUACCCAUAAACAUUUCACACACACGAGAUCAGUUCUUUUCCAUUGUUAUAUUUAGCUCCAACCUCUCGUACAAGUUCAUACUUUAAAAUGCAUCAUACUCAUACGUAUUGUCCCUGACGUUUAUUUAUUUAAUAAUGACUAUUUUUCAAUGUAUUCAAUAUCAGUUAUUACAUUGGGGGGUUCCUUUUACGUUAAUCGGGAUAUAUUGCAACUUUUUGUUUCGUUCUCCAAAAUUCUUUUUCCAUUUUCCCAAGAACAAUGUACAUCUAAAUAGUCACUUUUAUUUCAGAAUACGUAAUCCAGUAAAACACAUACCUCUCUAAUUUAGGAAAUUGGACUUAUAUUUUUGACAAAAGAAUUAAAUAAGAAUUAUGAAAACUA